AGGCAAAGUGCAGGAGGCUGGAAACAGAGAGAAACACGUGGAACACAAUAUAACUGACUUCUUCGAUGAAACCAAACUAGGGUUUCCCACCUGUUGAGAAAAGGAAACAAAAACAUGAUCAGAGGACUGGUUUUAGGGGGCAGUGAAAGAAAGAGGAUUUUACAUUUAUCUUUGAUUCAUUUUACCUCUUUUUAAUAUGCAGGACUGCUCUCUAACGAUGUUACAUGAAAGGAGGACCCUUUGAGGGCCACUGUGUUUCACAGAACCACACUCAACAGUCUGGCAGAAAGAGAAGCAGGAGAUUAGAGGGAUAGCAGUGAAGAAAGGAGGAGAGUAGUCAAGAAGAUGUAACCGGACCCUGAACCAUGAGGAAGAACGGAAGCAGCCCAUCCAGCAUGAACACCACUUGCCAGCAUCGGAGCUUGUGUUAUGACCGCCUGAUCGAAAAAUGUGUGAGCUGCAAAGAGAUGCAGAGAGGCACUGAAAAAGAACCAACCACUAUUCUCAGAGUGGCCAACCCUACAACCCGUAUACCAGCAGGACCUUUUACUGAAGAUCACACUUGCUCAGCCCUUGCCUUUGGUCUCUACAUUUUUGUGGGGCUAAUCCUUGCCUUGGCAGUGCUGUGGCUUGUAACAAACCUGAGACAAAAGAAAAAGAAGAGGAUGAAAAAAGCAGAUGAGGAAGAUCCUAAAGAAAAUAAGGACUCCUUUGAAAAUGAAGUUCAUGAAGACCAUAGCUGCGGGCAAGGAGAUGAUGCUCCUGGACUACUUAAAUGCCCACAUGAAAAUGGCACUUCAAACACUGCUGGUGAUGAAAUUUUAAUGAGGAACAUGUACCAUAUUGUUAAGGCAGGAAGUGAUGCCUCUGAAGUUGUUCCCCGGUCUCCCCUCAAUGAAGAACGCAGCCCUGCUUUUCCAGUGCCGGCAACUGAACUUGGAACAACUAUGCUGGUAACGGCCAAGACGACUCAGGGGAAUUUUCUUAGUGAAAAGUUGCCUUAACAAUAGGUUUAAAACUGCUGGGACCGGCAGGUACUCCCUAAAAUGUGAUAUCAGUACUUUUAGUAUGAUGAAAGGCUAUUGAAUGGAUACAGGCACUAGAGGUUUCUCUCACUUCUAAUGGAAGUAGGUUUGCUGUUUGCCAAAUUCUAAUGUAAUGAAGCCGGCCUCAGCUGCCAGAGGAUUUCAGUUUUGGUUCAGAUCAGAAAAAGUAAGUUAAUAAUAAUGGGAUAAUUUACCGCCCCUUGCCUGGCUGCCUUUGAAAUGGGAGAAGACAAAAAGAAAAGAUAAGUCUAAGGAAAUAAAAUUAUUAUUCAGCGCAUACUAGUUUUUGUACCCUGAAACUCAUCCAUCAAGAUACUGGGGUGAAAAAUGCCCUCCAAUGUUGCAAACAGCAAUGAAGAAUAAUGAAUAAAAUGGAUCAGAACUACAGCAUGAAGUCUAAAUGGAGAGACAAAAUUACUUUCAUCACUAGGUGCCGUGUUGAAGAUAUUUGGUCGGGAGAGGCUUCAUAUUCUCAUGAAGACAUAAUAUAACCUAAAUAUGUUACAGGUACCUUUAAUGGCACAUGGCACUAAUGACUUCUUCAACAUUUGAUAGCUCAAAAAACUCUGCCUUUUAUAAAUCUACUUACCCUAUCUUUAAGUCAAUUAUGCUUUU